AUGAUCAAGAGAAUUUGGAGAGGGAAAAAGAUUCGUGUGGCUACUCGAAAGAGUCCUCUCGCCCUUGCCCAAACUAAGAUGAUAAUUCGAGAAUUUAAAAAAAUUCUGCCUAUGUUGGAUUGGGAGAUUGUUUUUGUUUUAAGCCAUGGAGAUAUGGACAUGGGAAGACCUCUCCACGGUUUUUCUCAAGUGGGUGUUUUUGUUAAGGCGUUAGAAAAUGCUCUUCUUAAAGGGGAGGCAGACUGUGCUAUUCAUUGCUUAAAAGAUAUCCCUUCCCCAAUUGACCCAAGAUUCAUAUUGCCUUGUUGCUUUAAAAGAGAAACUGUGGAGGAUGUCAUUCUUUACCGAAAAGGUUUUGAUUUUAAGAAAAUUCAAAAAGUAUCAACAGGCAGUUUAAGAAGAAGAGCAUUUCUUGGUGAAACUUUUCCACAAUGGACUUUUGAAGAACUGCGAGGUAACAUCAAUACCCGAAUUUCAAAACUUGUAAAUAAAGAAGCUGAGUCCAUUGUUUUGGCACAAGCAGGAAUCAGUCGUCUUAAAUGUUUUGAAAUAGAAGAGGUAGAAGUAAAUCAAAAAAAGGAUAAUCUUCUUUUUAAAGAAAAUUUAGAUAAAGUCAUUGUACAAACUCUUCCGACUUCUACUCUCCUUCCAGCCCCAGGACAGGGUUGCUUGGUGAUUCAAUGUCUCAAGAUCCAGCAAGAAGAAAAUGUAAGCUCCCUUCCAGCUUUGUUAAAUAGACUUCACCAUGAAGAAACAUGGGAGGCAGUUGGCUUGGAAAGGAAAGUAAUGGAGAUCAUUGAAGGAGGGUGUCGAUCACCUCUUGGUUGUUUUGCAAGGAAAGUUGAUCAAGAAUGGAUAGUAGAAGCUAUUUUAGAAAGGGAUGGCAUGAUCACCCGAAGCAAGAGACAAUUAGCUAAAGAGCAGUUAUCAGAAAGAAAGGAUCAACUAAUUCAACAGGUUACACAAGACUUGCUGGGUGGUGCUUAA